AUGGUGAAUAAAAAAGAUACAAUUACUUUUAUUUUGACCUAUUUAUCCUUUUUAAACUGUAUUUCUUGUAUUUCCAGCGUUAACCUUCCUUUGAGAAUUUACCCAUCAAACGAGGUAUUUGUUACUGUGAUCGAAUAAAGGGGAUGUUAGGUGUAAUUUAUACCUGACUUAAGCUACUGCUCUACUAAUGUAAUUGAAGAUCCUACUAAUACAGUCGAAUGUGGAGUAGAGUACCUUGGAAGAAGCCCUUUUUACACAUAUGGUGGAGAAUACACAUCCUUUUUCUCAUUAGGAGAUACUCACGCUUACUUGAAUUACACUAUACUUGAUAAUCCAUAUGCUGUUAAUGGCAGUCACCUUUGCUUUUUUAGUUAACCAGGAUAAGUGAAUGACAAUAUAAUCGAUUAGCUCUUUUCAUAAGGCUUGAUAGAUCACAAGAAGUUCUAUAUCGAUAUCAAGAAUAUUAAAAAAAGUACUAUUGUAGGUAGUAUUGAUAUUGGUAAUCCUAACUACUAUCUGAUCAAAAAGGGAUAAGGUUUUACUACCUUAAAACCCUAUCCAGGUAAUUUUGGAUAUUCUGCCUCAUCAAAUGGAAAUAUGAAUUAUGGAGAUUUGAGUUUGUAUGGUUUUGAUUCUGUAAGUUUUAGCAUAAAUGAUCCAUAUAUUUAGAUCCCAGAAUUUUCUCUUAAGCUAAUUUUACAAGACUUUAAACGCUAGGGAAUUGCAUUCGUAUACUAACCAGACAAAGAUUAUGCUCUUUAUGUGAAAUCAAUUCAAAAACUUAAAAAUAUAUAGAUUGAUGUAACUGCUGAAGAUGGAUCUUCCUUUACAGUUAACUUAAAGCCUUAAUAAUACUCAAGAAUGUUAUAUGAUGGAACAUAUGAAUUACUCUUGUACCCUACAUUUUACAAUAGUGGCCUUAGUAUAGGUUAUGCUGCUCUCUAGGCUUACUAUGUUGGUUUUGAUUUUAUAGAACAUACAAUUUACAUAGCUGAAAAAUCAGAUAACAACAUAAUUGCUUAAUGA